AUGGAUGCCCCCUCACAGGCCACGCAGUCAUUACCCCCGGAAGCAAUUGCUCUCGCGGGGCGCAUGUACGACAGCGCGCGAAAGGGGGAUCUCGCCAUCUUUGAGCAGGCCUUGCCGGCUGGCUUACCCGCCAACAUGACGAAUGAAAAGGGCGAUACAUUGCUCAUGUUGGCCGCGUAUCACGGGCACGCGGAAUUGGUGAAGCUGCUCAUCCAGCACGGAGCUGAUCCCAAUCGAUUGAACGACAGGGGGCAAAGUCCUCUUGCUGGUGCAGUCUUUAAGCAAGAAGACGGAGUUAUUGAGGUUCUUCUUGAAGGCGGCGCCGAUCCAGAGUAUGGGAAUCCGAGCGCGUUGCAGUGUGUCGCCAUGUUCAAGCAAGGAGAGAAGUGGCAGGCCAAGUUUGAGUCGGCUUCUGGGAGAGGCAAGGCUGUUGCGCAGAACUGA